GCAUCAGGCCGCCCAUCACACGCGCGACGCCCGUGCCGUCGCCGCCACGCCCUGCUCCAUCCCGUGCCACACGCAGCAUGGCGUCCAACGGGCAUGCUGCCGCUCGCAGCGGCGCCCUGUCCGACGAGCAGCGCAGUCUCCUCCUGCACAUCGCACAGGCGGACGAGCUGCCGGAGGGCCUGGACUGGGCGGCCAUGCGCCGUGCCUGUGCGGCACACGUCGCGGCGCUGCUCGAGUCCUGGCCGCAGCAGUCACCACGGCUGCAUCCCGCAGCGCAUCUGAUCCCGCCACCCUCGUCUGCACCUGCGCCCGCACCCGCCUCUCCGCCGUCGCUGUCCAGCCGCUUUGUCUCCGCCGCGCAUGCGGCGCCAGACGGUACCGCAGAGACGGCCACCGAUGCCUCGCUGCUCGCCACAGACGCGCUGCCGGCGCACGUCGCCUCGCAGCGCGCGGCGGCGCUCUCGCAGGCCGCCGAGAAGGGCGUGCAUAUUGUGCCGGGCGACGAGGCAAACUUCUACGCGGCCAAGACGCGCGCGCCCGAGGGCGGCAGCUGGGGGCGGCGACUGGGGGAGGAGGAAGUUGCGCGGGAGAGCGCCGACAUUGCUCGCGCGUUUGAGAGCUUCGAUGAGCCGCCAUUCACGAUCCAGCGGAUAGCUGAGCUGCUGCUCUCGCCGAGCGAGCACGCAUCGUCGCGCGAGAAGUACCUGUCGGCGAUGCGGCGCUGCCUAGCCGUCACGGCCUCGCACGCCUCCUUCUUCGACCCGGCCCUCACAGAGGGCCUGUCGAACGCGGCGCCGCACAUCUCGGCCGACAAUACGGCACCAUCGACUGCGCCCCUGUUCAGUCCCAUCGGCUUCCUCGUGCGUCCCAGCGCCGAGGGCGCUCCUGAUGCGAACAUGGACGUGCCCGGCAUGGAGCUCGGCGGCGCCGACCGCACGACGGCGGAAGCGCUGCAAGCCGCCAGAGCGGCGGGCGCAGGCGGCGGCGCGCCAGGCACUGCUGGAGCACUCGCCGAUCCCUCAGCUGACGGCAGCGGAGCACCACAUUCGGACGUCGCGAGCCAGGGAGAGACGCCCAGCGUGCCCGUGCCGGCUGCCCCCAGCGCCGAGGCCGUGGCAUCUGCGCCUCCGGACGCUGCGCAAAACGUCGGCCCGUCGUCUGGCCGCGCCACGGCGCCCGGCGUGCCGACCGUGCCGCUCGGGGUGCCGCGCGGCAUCAUCGACGAAGUCGACGAUGGCCGGCCAGCAGCUGCGAUGUCGCAUGCACUGGAGCGCGACACUCCGCAGGCAGACAGCGGCAACGGCGCACCACAGCGUGACGGCGCAACGGACGAGACGCUGCGCGAGCACAAGCGCGCGCGAAGCGACGCAUCGCAGACCGGGACGGAGCCUGCAGCCGAGGGAGCGUGAGGGAGGAAGCCUUGUCACCCAGGAGAAUGCAAAGUGCACACGGAUCAGGGACGUUGUGCCCGCGCAAGCCAAAGCUGUCAGCUCGCUGUCUGACGCGUGUCAUUGCUCGGCCGCGCUGCCCGCAGCAGGCCCGGCAACAGCGCCUGAACUUGGCUCUGCGGAGCGUGACGCCGUGCUGUCCUGUAGCGGAACGUGACUGGCAUCGUGGCUGGGCGGUCCUUCGCUGUGCUCCUUGCCUUUGCCGGCGCCAUCAAUCGUGGCUGCCGAAGCCGAGCUGGCGUCACCCGCUUGCUCCGCGCCCUGCUCUGCCUCGGAGGCGGCAGAGGCCGCACCGGCAGCAGCAGCGGCGGUGGCAGCAGCGGCGGACUCGG